AUGAGUAAAUUGCCGACCAGUCGUUUACCAGUAACACCAAAAAAUGUAACUACGACAAAAUCAGGUCUUCGUCCUCCUCAACAAACUUCGACAACAACAACAACAACAACAAUUUCAUCUCAACAAGCAAGUCCAACUAGUGGAGAUUCAUCAAAUAAUCAAUUGACUAUUGGUGAUCGUGUAAUUGCUAAUGGAAAAUCAGGAGCUGUAGCAUUUAUUGGUCCAACCAAAUUUGCUGACGGCGAAUGGAUUGGAAUUAUUCUUGAUGAAGCUCAAGGCAAAAAUGAUGGUUCAUAUGAAGGUACUCGAUAUUUUGAAACUGAACCAAAUCGUGGCUUAUUCUGUCGAUCGACCAAAGUACAACGCCUUACUCAAAAUGGUGCUACCAGUAAUAGUGAUACAUCCGGUCCAGUAAAACAACAAACAAUUCCAUUAACUGAUACCUUAAAAUCAUCGACUUCAAUAUCGAAUUCAGAUAAAGGAGAAGAUGCAGACACAACAUUAAUAGAUACAACAACAGCAGCUGAUACUAGUACAACUACAAAUGAUCAAACUGUAUUAACUGAACCAUCAUCUAUUCAAGGACUUGUUGUAGGUGAUCGAGUAGUUGUUAGUGGAACAAAAUAUGGUACACUAAAAUAUCUUGGUAAAAUUCAUGUUGCUGAAGGUAUUUGGUGUGGUAUUCAACUUGAUGAACCUUUGGGUAAAAAUGAUGGUAGUGUUAGUGGAAAACGAUAUUUUACAUGUCAACAACGUUAUGGAUUAUUUUCACCAUUGGCACGUGUAGAAAAAGUAACAAAUGAUAUGAGUCAAUCACAAAUCGUUGGACGAAAAGCAUCUGUAUCAUCAAGUACAAAUAAUAAUCGUCAAUUACAACGUUCAACAAGUCAAGAAUCUCUUCAUUCAAAUUUAUCAGAAUUUUCAACAUCAUCAAAUAGUAUUAGUCGUAUACCAACACGAACACCAGCUAAAAAUCAACAACAAAAAUUAUCAACAAAUACAAAUGUUUAUACAACACCAAAUACAAAAACAUUAUUAACACAAGCAGCUGCUACAUUAGCUGCUGCAACACCAUCAUCAAAUCAAAUGUCAAAUUUAGUUCAAAUAAUAAAAGAUAAAGAUAUAUUUAUUGAAAAAUUACAAUUACAACGUGAACAAGAUCGUUUAGAAUUUUCUCGUGCUGCACAACAAGUUGAUGAAAUGGAAAGUCGUUUAUUAGCAUUUAAACAACAAUAUGAUAUAAAAAUAUUAGAAAAUGAAGAAUUAAAAAAAGAUCAAUAUCAAACAAAACAACGUUUAGAAGAUUUAGAAUUUCAAUUAGAAGAAUAUAAAUUAACUGAUGCUAAUAAAGAUAAUUUAAUAACAUCAACAAUACCUGAUGGUUAUCGUUUAUUAUCACCAAAUGAAAUUGAAAUUUAUGAACAAAUUAAAGGAAAACUUGUUGAAUCUGAAUCAAUUAAUCAAAAAUUAACACUUGAAAAACAAACAUUACAAGAUGAACAUCGACAAGAAUUAAAACGACAAAAUGAAUUAAAUGAAAAUGAUUUUAAAACACGUUUUAAUGAAUUAGAACAAAAAUAUAAUAAUAAUUUAAAAAUUAAUCAAACAGAAAAUAUUGAU